UCUCCUUCGAGCUCGUCUGGGUUUCAGGGACCCGUUAUAGGAGUGAAUCACGGUCUACGAGUGCGAGAUAGAGGGCGUCGACUGGCCAACAAGCGGAGCAUCCAUUCAUCCUUUCAUUGGCAGCUGAGGUUUUCCAGUCUCGCUAGCUAGCGUUAGCCAAGAGGCAGGGGGCACCCGUGUCGGAGAGAGCUUCAAAAUGUCGGGGUACCAAGGAAAGAAGAACAUCCCACGAAUUACAAGUGACCGCCUUCUGAUCAAAGGGGCGAAGAUAGUGAACGAUGAUCAGUCGUUUUUGGCUGAUAUCUACAUGGAAGAUGGAGUCAUCAAGCAAAUUGGAGACAACCUUAUUGUUCCUGGUGGAGUUAAAAUCAUUGAGGCUCAUGGAAGAAUGGUGAUGCCCGGGGGUAUUGACGUGCACACCCGAUUCCAGAUGCCUGACCGAGGCAUGGUGGCUGCGGAUGAUUUCUACCAGGGUACCAGGGCGGCCCUGGCUGGGGGGACAACCAUGAUCAUUGACCAUGUGGUGCCGGAGCCUGGCGUCAGCCUGGUUGCUGCCUUUACACAGUGGAGAGAGUGGGCUGACAGCAAGUCUUGCUGUGACUAUUCUCUGCAUGUGGACAUCACAGAAUGGAACAAAGGCAACCAGGAAGAGAUGGAGACUUUAGUGAAGGACCAUGGUGUCAACUCUUUCCUGGUCUAUUUGGCUUAUAAGGAUGUUUUCCAACUUUCUGACUCUCAGAUCUACGAGGUGUUCAGUGUCAUCAGAGAUCUCGGAGCCAUCGCCCAGGUUCAUGCUGAGAAUGGAGACAUCAUUGCAGAGGAGCAGAGACGUAUUCUAGAGCUGGGGAUCACAGGACCUGAAGGUCACGUGCUCAGCCGCCCCGAGGAGGUGGAGGCCGAGGCGGUCAAUCGUGCUGUCACCAUCGCCAAUCAGACCAACUGUCCCCUCUACAUCACCAAGGUGAUGAGCAAGAGUGCUGCUGAUGUCAUUGCUCUGGCUAGAAAAAGGGGUGCUGUGGUUUACGGAGAGCCCAUCUCUGCUAGCUUGGGCACAGAUGGUACUCAUUACUGGAGUAAGAACUGGGCCAAGGCAGCAGCCUUUGUCACUUCUCCACCACUUAGUCCUGAUCCAACCACCCCCGACUACCUCAACUCCCUGCUGUCAUGCGGGGACUUGCAGGUGACCGGAAGUGCUCACUGUACUUUCCAAACUUCUCAGCGUGCGGUAGGCAAAGAUAACUUCUCCCUCAUCCCAGAGGGAACCAACGGCACCGAGGAGAGGAUGUCCCUAAUCUGGGACAAAUGUGUGGUGACCGGAAAGAUGGAUGAAAACCAGUUUGUGGCAGUGACCAGCACUAACGCGGCCAAGAUCUUCAACCUGUACCCCCGCAAAGGCCGCAUCGCCGUGGGGUCCGAUGCCGACCUUGUGUUGUGGGACCCAGACGUCACUAAGAUCAUCUCAGCUAAGAGCCACAACCUGGCUGUGGAGUACAACAUCUUCGAGGGGACAGAAGUGCGUGGAGGUCCUCUGGUGGUGAUCAGCCAGGGCAAGAUUGUGUUGGAGGAGGGCAGCCUUCACACCACGGAGGGCUGUGGGCGCUACAUCAGCCGUAAACCCUUCCCGGACCACGUUUACAAGAGGAUAAAAGCUCGCAGCAGGCUCACAGAGCUGCGAGGAGUCCCGAGGGGUCUGUACGACGGGCCAGUUUGCGAGGUGACUGUGACUCCCAAGGUGAUGUCCACAGUUUCCUCGGUGAAGACUUCCCCUGCCAAGCAGCAGCAGCAACAACAGCAGUUUACUCACCAGCCUGUGCGCAACCUUCACCAGUCUGGCUUCAGUCUGUCUGGCGCCCAAAUUGAUGACAACGUUCCUCGUCGCACCACUCAACGCAUCGUGGCUCCUCCCGGUGGAAAAGCUAACAUCACCAGCCUCGGCUAAGCACUUUUUCUCCACAUAGCCAGGGAGGGGGGUCGCAGGGCCACACGGGACCAGAGGCUGCUCUUACAAAUGUCACAUCACGUCCCUUUGCUGAUCACCUCCGACUCCCCUAUGCAGCCCACACCAUUUAUUAAUAUUCACACAUACCACCACGUCACCUCAUGCAAAGAAAAAAGAAAGCACUAUUCCAUUUCGCUUCACCGUCUCGAGAUAGUUAAAUACCGAGGAAGGAUCAAGUGAAUUGAAGCAGCUCUUUUUUUAAUGCUGUUUUCACGGCCAGUUUGAUUAUUGAUGAAAUUAAUUUGUUUACAUUUUUUUGUAUAUUUUCAGCUGCAUGUGAUUGUUUAUUUGCCCUCUUGGCUCAAUAAGCUGACCCAAAAGUCACCCCAAGGAAUAUUUUAGCAACAGGAACUUUUGACGGUUGUUCUUCUUGCGCUGUUCGUUUUCCACGUAUUAGAAUGUUUUGGUGGUUCUCAGACAUCAGCCAUCUUUAGCUGAAAGCAGAGCCUCUGUUGCCACCGUUAACAAUGCUGUUUCUACUGUUAUGAGACUGUUUGUUCAGAAAUGAGAAAUUAGAUAGUAGAAUAUUGUUUUUCAAUAACACCUCAAGUCUGCAGUAUUUGAACUUGUGCUUGGUUUUAAGUUUAAGCCAUGUAUUGAGCUGAGCAAUUCACCUAUGUCUUCCUUUAGUGAUAUAGUUGCACUCUGUUUCCAUUUUUUUUAAAAUAUUGUCUUUUUGAUGUUUUAUGUUUUAAC